AUGGUCAGUGCUAAUCCUGCAGAUCUUAGUCUCAGCCAGGCGAGGCUACGCGCGUUGGGUGAUAAGGGCUUUGUCCUGCCAGUUUGCGAUCCGCAGUGCCGGCAGCUGGGUAUUCAAGGACUCAGCAAAAGCUUCCUUACCCUGGUUCUGGUUUUUCCAUCUCGGGGGGCGAAAAGAUGGGGAGGCUUCGGGGAGAGAGAGCUACGACGGUGCCAUUUCGGAAGCUGCUCAUGCCCUUCCGCAUCGAGGGGGGCUAGGAGAGGAGUUGAAGAGGAUGAGGUGGAAAUGGAGAGGGAGGUUGAGGAGGAGGCUGAGGAACGACGUCUUGACCUAGAGCCUGCUCAACCGCCCUUCCCAGUGGGCAGGGAGAAGGAGGCGAAGAGGGCGGCCACCAAGAAUCUAAUAUAUUUGGUGAAGAAGGGUCUGAAGGAGACCACCGCGGACAAACUUAACUAG